AUGAAAUCAACAUGGCAGCAGCACUGGUAUGAAUACGACUAUUCUUGGAAUCCAAAAGGACCACAUAAAGCCGUGGAUGGGCUGUUUUCAGACAGGUCUCCUUAUACAGGACAAUGUACAGUAUCUGGCCAUUAUAAAAGAACUGCAACUUGGGGGGUGGAUCUUGAAAAAGUACUCAAUAUACAUCAUAUAACUAUCUACUACAGGACAGACAAUCUUCCAUGGGACUCUACCAAUGGAUUUACAGCCCGAUUUCUUGGAUUCUCGCUUUUUAUAUCAAACACAACCAAUAAAAAUGACGGCUAUCUAUGUUUUAAAGACACAAACUACACUAGAGGCACGAUACCGAAUAAUAUAACAAUAGAAUGCAUAAGGCAUGGACGAUACGUCAUCUUUUACAAUGAAAGACUUGCAGGAGUUACAUACCCUGAAGGAUAUUCUCCAUACGCAUACAAUGAUCUCUGUGAAGUCGAGGUUUACGGAUGCCCUUCCUCUGUUAUAUAUGGAGCAAAUUGUUCAGUUUCGUGUCCAAAGAAUUGUCAUGAAGGUCGUUGUAACAUUGAGGAUGGGACUUGUGUUGGAUGUGUUGCUGGACACAAAGGUUCACGAUGUGAACAACUUUGUGACAGUGGUAAAUUCGGUUUAAACUGUGAUCAGUCAUGCGGGUUUUGCUUAAGAAAAGAACAAUGUCAUCACUUAAAUGGGACAUGCUUAAAUGGCUGCGAUAGAGGUUACCAAGGAGACAAUUGCACACAAGUAUGCCCUGAAGGACAAUAUGGAUACAACUGCUUAGAUAUGUGUAACAUCAACUGUAGAGAGUGGAAAAGAUGUGACAGAAAAACAGGACAAUGUUAUAAUGGGUGUCAGGCAGGGUGGAAGGAAAUGAGAUGUGACAAGAAAUGUGACAGAGGUACAUUUGGACUAAACUGUGCUCAGUCAUGCGGGGUUUGUCUUGAUAGAGAACAUUGUCAUCACAUAAACGGGACAUGUUUGAAUGGCUGCGAUAGAGGUUACCAAGGAGACACUUGUACACAAGAAUGCCCCGAUGGACACUUUGGACACAACUGUCAGGAAAACUGUAGCAGUUGCCCAUUUCUGAAGACAUGUGACGCAAUAUCUGGGCAAUGCAGUGGAACUGUAGAAGAAAUGGGUGCAAAAGAAAGAAGAUCCAAGAGAAUUGUGCAGUACAAUUGUCAGUAAAACCUACAAAUCCUGAUCCAAAGAUCAUUGAUGAUGCAGAAGAAAGUGUAGUUUACGAAGAUCUAGAUCAACAAUCAAUUUAUGACGAUGCACUUUAGCGUGAAGUGAUAGUGUUUGAGUUUGUACCUUAUUUUAGAAGAAAUUUGGUCUGCUU